GUCGUUCGUUUGAAGCCCUGGAGGAGCUCAGGUAGUCCGCAAUGUCAGGUUCAGGUGCCAUGCAGGCUGACAUAGGCGAAGAUCAGCCGCCGCGCGAUGCCACAGAUGCUGACUAUGAUCCCGCGGCGGGAGCAGGGGCAGGAUCUGCUUCGCACGAGCCGCCACCGCCGCAGAGGAAGCGAAGACGAUUCGACGAGGUGGCACCGCGUACGGAUGGCGAGGAGGUCGUGGUCGAUGGCGAGAACGAGGAUGCGGCUGAUGCGCAGCAGGAGAGGGGCGUCAAGAGGAGGAGAGGGGACAAUGACGAGAGUAGCGCGGCCAAUGGUGCUUGCGAACCGCCACCAGCGUCUGGUGCCACUGGACCGUCGGAGGCAGAUGCUCAGGGUACGCUGCGGUCAUAUCACAUGACUGACAUCCAUUGACCGAUAUCGACCUCUGUCUGUCACGUAGGUGUCCCCCCACCGCCUGUUGAUGCCAAUGCUUCAUCGACGACGAUGAUUCUGCCGCCGCUUCCCGAGCAGCCCGUCAUGAUCCUCCCACCCCUGCCAACGCCCAUGCCACAGCAGCCCAUUACCAACGGCAUCAAGACUGAGGAGAAUGAUGCAGUCAAGGCUGAGCCGCCUGUCAUCAAGAGGGAAGUCACCGAUGAAGAAACCCAGGUGGGAACCUCACAAACCUCACACAUACACUCGUACACACAACCUGGUGCAUGGCUCGAUGCGAUUGAUGUGUGUCGGUUCGGUGCUCGUACAUCCAUGUAUGUGCAGAAGGCGGCCAUGGAGGCGAUGGAUGCCGCGGCAUCAGCGUUUCCUCCGGUCAAGAGUGAGGACAUCAAGAUUAAAGAGGAGGAGGAGGGCGGCGAGGGACUGGGUGAGGAGGACGAGAAGGAGCCUGGCGGUGCGGCAGCGGGGCCACCCGCCCCGUCGGAGGAGGCCCAGCGAACCAUCGUCGUGUCAAACAUCGCCCCAUGUAAGCCAAAUCCACACGGUGCCUACAAGGAAGGAUACUGGCAGGGAGCUCAUCCCUCCCUCUGUCCUGUCCUGUCUUCUCAGCGACUUUGUCGAGUUCGGUUCUGCAGUUCUUCGCCGGCGGCCUGAGCGUCCUCACCGGCAGAGAAGUCACACAGAGUACGUGUGGUGUGACACACAAGACAAGACAUCACGCAAACAAGGUGUUGGUAUUCCGUUCGUGUGUCCGUGUGUGCGUGUGUAUGUGUGUCAGUGAUGGCUCAGCUGAAGCUGCAGCGGUACGAUGUGAUGGAGAGGGUGGCCGUCUUGGAGUGCCCCGACAUUGAGACCGCCAACAUAGCCUGCCAGCGACUCAACGGUCGGUGAGAGAGUGUGCAGUGCGCUGUGCACAGGUGCCAUUGUGAGCACCGUUCAUUCGUUGAUUGCUUGGUGCAUGGCAUGGCAUGGCAGGCAUCAAGAUGGGGGAGUUCACGUUGAACAUUCAGACGAAGGCUGACGUGGAGCGCCAACAAUUCGAGAGGGCCGCAGAAGCCGAGAUGCAGGCCCUCAUGGCGUAAGCUACCUACCCAACACACACACACACCCGAUCGGUAGGUACGAGGCGCGCUUCGCUUCUCCCUCUGUCUGUGUGUCAAUCAGUGCUGAGGGUAUGCUGCCCGAGGGUGCCAGCCCGGCGUCGGCCGAGCCCGCUGGCCCGCCCGACUACCGGCUGCUGGUGCAGAACCUGCCCAUGGAAACCACUGAUGCUGCAGUGAGUUGGCCAGGCCAGGCCACCGAUGGAUGGAUGGAUGGAUGUACACCAACCAAGACAAGACACGCCAUUAUGUUAUGUGUGGUGUGUAUGUGUGUGGUUCGGUUGUCAGGUUCGGGACAUUGUGGGUCAGUUUGGUAAGAUCAAGACAUUCGAGCUGCUGCGGGACCCCGGCACGGGCACGUCCAAGGGCAUUGCCGUGUUCGAGUAUGAGGAUGAAGGCGUCACCGAUGUCGCCCUGCAGGUGGGUUGGGGGCGGGCUGGGGGUGGGUGGGCGAUCGAUUCGAUCAAGACAAGACACACAGUGCAGUACACACAGACAGACAGACAGACAGAUGCCACCAGGAUGACCCCAGGGAUUGCAAUCGAUGGACGGAUGAGCGUGUGGUUUAUGUGAGGUCCCCCCUCCCCUUCCUCAUAUGUAUGUAGGCUUUGAAUGGUAUGGUGUGCUUAGGCCGCAACCUCAUUGCCAGGAAAGCCUCGCAGGGCGUGCUUCCCAUCGCUCCACAAAUCGUACGACAGCCACCUCACAUCACCUCACCUCACCUCAUCCACCAGACAGCCCGCCAGCCAGCCAGCCAGCCAGCGAGAGCCCACCAGGGAGUGAUUGUUUUGGUCUGGUCCGGUCUGGGCAUCUUCGUGUGUCGUGUGGUGUGUGCAGGUGGUUCGUUCUGACCCGAACAUGCCCGUGACAGCGCUGCCGUCAUCCGUCACACACCGGGUCUUCUCCAACCCCAUCGUCGGCACACAAGUAGCCAGCCACUUCCUUCCUCCUUACUCCAGCCGCACUUACAUCUGGUGUCUGAUCCGGUGUGUCGUGUCAUCUCCUCAGGUCAAGGCCGGUCGUCGCCGCGGCGGUCAGCCCACCAAGGUGGUGCAGCUCCUCAACUGUGUCUACCAGGAGGACCUGGUGAGUACCUUAGUCCGUCAGUCAGGCAACCAGUGAGGAUCCCUGAGUCGUCGCCUCUUGUGCAUUUUUGGGUGGUCUCUCUCUUUUAUGUGGUUGUGUGGUUGCAGAUGAACGACACGGAGUUCGAGGCGUUGGAGAAGGAGAUCCGCGAGGAGGCCGCCAAGCACGGCGCCCUGGUGGAUGUCGUCAUCCCACGGCCCCCGCCAGACCUCUCCUACAAAGAGGGCGUGGGCAAGGUGUGUCAGCGAGUGACACGACACACAGUCGCAGACCACAGCCACAGCCAGCUGUCAUAUGUGGGUUGCAUGUGUGGUGUGCGUUGCGUCGCGUGUCAGGUGUUUCUGAGUUACGCUGACGAGACGUCGUCUCGCCGUGCGCAGAUGAUGCUCAACGGUCGCAAGUUCGACCAAAAGCAUGUGGUGUGCGCCGCCUUCUACCCCGAAGACAAGUUUAACGAGGGCAAAUACACACUGCUGUGACUGACAGCACACAAGG